AUGGUUCGAAAACCUCAGAUUUCUCACCAAGGAGUGUUAAUUAGAGAAGUGUCAACACCUGUUUCUCCUGUGUCUAAGAAACGACGGGCUGAGGAUGUGGCAAAACAUUUGUCACAAACGAAGAAGAAGAAGAAGACUCGAAAGCUUUUUAUAUCUACUAAGUCCACAGACGAAGAUGAAAGAAUACCCGAGACACCAGAGUUCACUCAUCUUGUUCAAAAUUCCACUCCUGAGAAGACAGAUGUCAUACCACCCGAAGUUUCAAUUGCUAAAUCAAUUUUUAAGGAGGUUCGAACUUCAGGCAUCCCUGCACACAUAUCUAAUACGGAUGCAAAUGUCGAUAUGGGUAAAGGAGGUUCGAAACAUGAAGAUCAAGGUCAUGUUAUCUCUACUCCAUUCAAAACAAGUGUUUCUGUAACACCAUCCACUAUUCCCAUUACGUCAACCACAGACUCACCUACCUUCGAACAAAUUAUCAAUCAACCUAUUACUUCCAUUUUUUCUUCUCAAUCAACUGACACACCCAAACCACCUUCACUUAUUCAAGAACCCAUUGAAAUGGAGACUGAAACUGAUAAUGAGAGGUUUGGAGGUACAUUUGAAGAAUUGGAAUUUCAUGAAGAUGAAGAGGAAUUUCCCGAUCACAUGCUAAUGACCAUGAAGCAGUAUAAGAUUCUUAAUCAAAAAUUGAAUUCCAUAAUUCAAUCUCAAGACGAUCUUGGAGGAGGUUCAUCAGUAUUAAGUUUGGAAAUUGAUACUAUGAUAAAGAAAAUGGAAUCACGGAUAAUCAACAAAGUCUCUGGCAUGUGGCAAAAGAAAGACAUGUUCUUUUCAUUCAGGAUGUCAAGAAGGUGA